GAGGGCGCCACUUUGUCACAUCUAACCUCACUUUUUUGUGUUUCGUUUUUGUAGGUUAUCAGCACAAUUUCUAUCCCAAAAUGCCGUUUAUGAUAGGACCAGCUCCAAUUCGGAGAACUUUAAAAUUUUUAGAAGCCGGGCGCUUAAUUCUGAAGGAGCAAAUCAAGAUUAUGGCAGUUCAUUACCAUUUAAAUGGACAAAAUAACAAAGGGGCGAAAGAAUUUGUGUUCUGGUGCUUGCCACAGGUCCAGUAUAAGAAUCCGCACGUACAAAUAGCCACUUUCAAGAAUCUAACGCCAUCACCAUUUGUUCGAUGUUUUUAUGAUACAGGCGACGAAAUGCUCAUUGAUGUUGAUAAUAAAAGCAAAGACGAAAUCCUUGAACACUUGAUUCAAGUUAUAGGCAAAACAAAAGAAGUAUUAGAGGCUGAAGCAAUCUCGAAAGAAAAGAAAGAUAAUCCAGCCAAUUUUGGUGUUGCUUGUGAUCGACACUGCAUUUGUGAGAUACCAGGUCAGAUUCCAUGUCCGAGUAUAGUACCAUUACCAGAGCACAUGAGGGGCAAGUUCAUAUAUAAGAAAGAUAUGUAAAUACUGUGUAGUUUCUCAAUUAAAUCUAGAUGAAUUAUAGAA